AAAGUUAUUUUUUAAUUUGGAAGAUAAUACGUUGGUGCUAUUCUGGCGCGGCUGCUACAAAAUCCAACGGGGCAAAAUACGUGUGUUGAAUGUGUUUGGCGUUGGAUUGGCGCCUCUAGUUAGGGUUGGACGCAAGAGCCAAGUUGCUACGCGCCCUAACCCACAACAACACAACAACAACAACAGCCUCUAGUUAGGAUCCGAAGUUAUUGCUAGGACAUCUGUCUUGUUGCAAGAUAAGGAGACUCUCAAGCUAGUCACACUUUGGUGGCACUCACUAAACAAGUGCAUCUUAAUCACUUCUAAUACUCAUUCAUCUAGUCACAACCAGCUGGCAAGCCAUGCCGCAACAGCCUAUCCAGGGGCAAUCGGAGCAUCCUGUGGAGGAUGGCACAGAACCGAGGAACAAGAAGGCAAAACUGGCUCAGAAGGCGACCAAUGUCACAUUCCAGUCUGGCCAUGUAUCGCGCAACAAGCGUGGUCAGAUCAUGGGCGAGAGGGGCGAGUUCCGAGGGUGUACCAUCUGGCUCACAGGUCUGUCUGGUGCCGGCAAGACGACCAUCUCGUUCGCUCUGGAGGAGUUCCUGGUCUCCAACGGUAUACCGGCGUACGGUCUGGACGGCGACAACAUCCGACACGGACUGAAUAAGAACCUGGGCUUCUCCGCCGAGGACAGGGAGGAGAAUAUCCGCCGUGUCGCUGAGGUGGCCAAGCUGUUUGCCGACAGCGGAGUGGUCGCACUGUGCAGUUUCGUUUCGCCCUAUGCCAAGGACCGCGAUGUGGCGCGGAAGCUGCACGGCGACUCGAACCUGCCCUUCUACGAGUGUUUCGUCGACACACCGCUGGAUGUCUGCGAGUCGCGUGACGUCAAGGGCCUCUACAACAAGGCGCGCCAGGGUCUCAUCAAGGGUUUCACGGGAAUUGACGCGCCGUAUGAACGCCCCGCCAACCCGGACAUCACCCUGUACACUGCCAACCGGAGCGUGCAGGACUGCGUCGAUCAGGUGGUGGAUCUGCUCACCGCUCACGGUAUCGUGCCCCGCUCGGCUAGUCAGACGGUGGGCGAGCUGUUCGUCCCGGCUGACCAGCUGAGUGUGGCCACGGAGGAGGCUGGACGGCUGCCGGCGGUCGACAUCAACACACUCGACCUGCAGUGGGUGCAGGUGCUCUCUGAAGGCUGGGCCACCCCGCUCACCGGCUUCAUGCGCGAGAGGGAGUACCUUCAGAGUCAGCACUUUAACUGCCUGCUGGAUGACGGCGUCACCAACCAGUCGGUGCCGAUCGUGUUGGCCGUGCAGACGGCGGACAAGGAGCGGCUCGCUGGACAGCCGGCCAUAACACUGAGGUACAACGGGAGACCGGUGGCCAUCCUGCGCAAACCCGAGUUCUUCGAGCACCGCAAGGAGGAGCGGUGCGCCCGACAGUGGGGCACCACCAACCCCGGACACCCCUACGUCAAGAUGGUGCUGGACUCUGGCGACUGGCUGGUCGGCGGCGACCUGGACGUGUUGGGCCGUAUCAAGUGGGAGGACGGCCUGGACCAGUACAGACUGACGCCCACUGAACUGCGCCAGAGGUUCCGUGAGCUGGAGGCGGACGCAGUAUUCGCGUUCCAGCUGAGGAACCCCAUCCACAACGGGCACGCGCUGCUCAUGCAGGACACCCGUCGUCGUCUGCUCGAGCGCGGCUACAAGAAGCCAGUGCUCCUUCUCCACCCUCUGGGCGGCUGGACCAAAGACGACGACGUCCCGCUCGCCACACGCAUGCAGCAACACCAGGCGAUCCUCGAAGACGGCGUAUUGGACCCUGAGGCCACCGUCCUAGCCAUAUUUCCGUCGCCGAUGAUGUAUGCCGGUCCGACGGAGGUCCAAUGGCACGCGAAGGCCCGCAUGUGUACAGGAGCGACCUUCUAUAUCGUCGGGAGGGAUCCGGCCGGCAUGGGACACCCCGACGGAAGUGGGGAUCUGUAUGAGCCGACUCACGGCAGCAAGGUCCUGACGAUGGCUCCAGGCCUCAAACAGCUAGAGAUCAUCCCUUUCCGCGUGGCCGCCUACAACAAGCAGCUGGGAAAGAUGGACUUUUUCGACCCAGCGCAGAGGGAGAACUUUGAGUUCAUCUCGGGCACAAAGAUGAGAGGUCUGGCCCGUUCCGGGCAACAGCCCCCUGACGGCUUUAUGGCUCCUCGCGCCUGGAAAAUCAUCGCCGAGUUCUACCAGUCUCAGAACAAGCAGUAGCACCUCCACCGGUCCCGGUAGAGGUGGACUGAGGACGCCCAACACACGCGCCGGCCAGUGCCCUGUGCUGCCAAAUGUCAAUCACGGCUAUAUUGCUGUUCUGUGGUCGGUCAGCGGUGGGGAGGGUAGGUUCAGGAUCAACUAUGGGCUACGGUAGCGCCAGUUUACAGAGGCUUGUACAGAGGAGGAGAAGAGGAGGUGUUCAGAGGUAAACAGAGGAGCUGGUAGGUUAGAUUUGUUAUCCUCGGUAUAGGUGUAAAAUGACGCCCAUUUUUGGUGUUGUAUUUUAUCGCGCUACGAGCGUGUCGUUAUUUUUACAGCAGGUGAUUCAUUGAAGGUGUGUUUUCAGUAUGCAGAUGCGCUAUGCUGCUCUCUGUAUGAUUUUAUGACGUGACACUGAAGAUAGGAGUUUGUUGUUUCAGACAUCCACUGUGCGCUACUUAAACUGUCAGUUAGAGACACUACUGGCCACUGUGGCACUGUCAUGACUGCUGUCAGAUCACAUCGCGUUCCGCUGGUGAUUUUCCUGUGCCACUUGGCAAACAUUCCUUUAUCCUGGGACCCUGAACGUGACGUUAUCCCGGUAGGGUUAGAACAAAUUUCACCAUUUCAGUGGAUUCCCAAACCCCAAGGCUGUAUGUAGUUACCCCUUUCUCCCUCUUCAGUUUACCCCUUUUCCCUCUUGAUAGUAUCCAACUCCCCGCGGGACCAAUCGAUGUCUAGAUAGGAUGGUUGUUGUUAUCCAUAACUUUUCUCACGCUCAAAAUUAGCUCAGACCGGCUGCACAUCCAGGCACGCGAUACGCUACUCUUCUGCAAUUACUCUGUCGUCAAAACAUUGAAACUGACAAACUUUCUUCAAAAAUCGAUCGACAUGGCUUAAGUGGCUAAUUACAGACUGCUUUGCUGUCCAGAGGUCUAUCAGCUGAUGUCCUGUAGAUGUCGAAUCUACAGGCACCUACACUUGACGUUACCUCUUUGGCUGCAGACGUCACCUAAUGCUACUCUUAAUGUACCCUGACACGUAACUGGUGUGUCGGUGUCGUAUAUAGGUGUCAUUGGUGUCGUCUUGGUGUCACCGCGGCCGUGUCAUCGUGACUUUUCGAGAAGAGCCCCCUGACGCAAGAAUAUUCGCUCUUGACAAAAUAAGACUCUUGACGGGUUCGAUUCCCACAGUCUCGACAAAAUUUUAGUGUUGACUCGAAGACUCAAUUAAAGUCUCAGUUUGACAGACGAGCUCUUUUGGGUCGCGCAGCCUUACAAAAGGGACCAGCCAACGUGCCGUUAAUCAGAGGAAGGGGGGUGUUCUGCUAGUUGAAAGUAAUUUAAAGGAGAAGAGAACGCACCCUCUUCCCACUGAUCGAAGCUGGCAGUGUCCUGUCUCAGAUGUAUCGAUGUGUGGAAACGGUUGACGCGUGUGUGGAUGGAUGUGGAUGUGGACAGAUUGUGGAAGUGACGUGACGUUGUGACUGGAUGUGUGUGUGUGGCGUGUGACGCGUCACAGCGUAGGUAACAAGCUGGCUUUACAUCUGUGACGGUCUAUUCUAAUGAAGGAGACAGGUUUUAACUCAUGACCGAAAAUAUUUUCAGGUAAUCUGUUGUAAAUCCUGAACGUGUUCGACUUGAAAUCAGCACACUUUUAAUCAUCUGCCACACCUUAUUUUUAUCACACAUGGGGACAAUCUAUGCAUGUGUUCAAUCACUUGAUGUGUUCAAUCUCCUUUUCUACAGUCACUUUGUCCUAAUUCGCGCACUUGUUAGCUAAUUCACCAAAUGAUUAUCGAUGCGAAUAGACUGCAGUUUUAUCAGAGGACCUCGGGUCACAAACUAUGCGGGUGUCGCACCGUUUAACAAACACACUGGUGUGCGCUGUUUGUCAAUGUUUGUGACGUCGUGUUUGUCCGGCGGUGUGUGGCGAAGCCUCGUGUUUGUUUGUUUGUUUGUGAUGCAGUGUUUGGCCGGGCUAUGGAGAGGGUUUGCGAGAGAACAAUAUAUUCACUUAUCGAGACAA